CACUGCCAAACAGGGCUUUGAUGCCGUCAUCGUCUAACUCAUCUGCUCCGUCAAAAAUCCACCAGCUCACAAAAAAAUUAAAACAAACUCGAAAGUGAAAAAGAGGGGGAAAAGGGGGAGCACAGUACAGCAAACCAAAAGGGAGACGAAAAUGGAGACGACCCCACCACCUACCGAGCCGAGAAGGCGCGGGAGGCCGAAGGGAUCGACGACCUCCAAGUCGAGAUCCGACAAGGACAAAGAAUCCAGCGGCGGAGGAGUGCCUUCGAGAAUGAGAGGUUCCGGCGGCGAGAAGAGGAACACCGCCGCGGACGAGAGCUACGCGCACUGGAAACUACUGGUUCCCGUGCUUUAUGACUGGAUAGCUUCUCACAAUCUAGUCUGGCCGUCUCUUUCUUGCCGUUGGGGACCGAUUCUUGACAAAGGAACUUACAAGAACAAGCAGCGUCUUUACCUUUCUGAGCAGGUUGUGAAACCACGAGUUGCUGCAGAAAGCCACAUAGCUAAUUUCAAUGAGGAUGCUCGCUCACCAUUUGUCAAGAAGUACAAAACUAUCUUACAUCCAGGAGAGGUGAACAGAAUCAGAGAACUGCCACAGAAUAAGAAUAUUGUGGCCACACACACCGACUGUCCUGAAGUUCUUAUAUGGGACGUGGAAUCCCAACCUAAUCGACAUGCUGUUCUUGGAGCUGAAGAUUCUCGUCCUGAUCUGGUUUUAUCUGGACACCAAGAUAAUGCAGAAUAUGCUCUUGCAAUGUGCCCAGCUGAACCUUAUGUGCUUUCAGGAGGGAAGGAUAAAUCUGUCGUCUUGUGGAGUAUUCAGGAUCAUGUGUCAACACUGGCUUCGGAUGCAACCCAAACUUCAGAAUCUACUGGUUCUAUAGUGAAAGCUGCUGAUAAUUCUACUGUUGGUCCACGUGGGGUUUUUCAAGGACAUGAUGAUACUGUUGAGGAUGUGCAAUUUUGCCCAUCGAGUUCACAGCAGUUUUGUAGUGUUGGAGACGAUUCUUGUUUGAUUCUGUGGGAUGCACGAAUAGGAAGCAAUCCGGUUGUCAAGGUUGAGAAGGCGCACAAUGCCGAUCUUCAUUGCGUAGAUUGGAACCCUCAUGAUGAAAAUUAUAUAUUAACUGGGUCUGCGGAUCAUACAGUGCACAUGUUCGAUCGACGCAAUCUAACCUCUGAUAGAGUUGGGCUGCCUGUCCACAAAUUUCAAGGUCAUAAAGAUGCUGUUCUUUGUGUCCAGUGGUCACCUGACAAGAGUUCUGUGUUCGGGAGUUCAGCGGAAGAUGGUCUGUUGAAUAUAUGGGACUAUGAGAAGGUUGGUCAGAAGGAAGAAACCGGUUCCAACAAUCCUACUACUCCAGCAGGGUUGUUUUUCCAGCAUGCUGGACAUAGGGAUAAGGUUGUUGAUUUCCACUGGAAUGCGUAUGAUCCAUGGACAAUUGUGAGUGUAUCUGAUGAUGGAGAAUGCGUUGGUGGUGGUGGUACCCUGCAGAUGUGGCGCAUGACUGAUCUCUUAUAUAGGCCAAAGGAUGAAGUCUUGGCCGAGCUUCAAAAGUUCAAAGACCAUGUGAUCGAGUGCUCAAAAACUUCUUGAAUGAAAAAUCGUGGUUUGGACACUCUUACAAGAGAUGCUGCAUUUCUGUUAGCGGCAACUGUUGUUGGCUAAUGUUAGGAUCUGAGUAGGAAUGAAUUUGAUACUUUUAAGUGCUUUUGACUCGGCUAACUUGAGAUGUUGGGUAGUUUGGGUUUUGAUUUUGAUUGAGCUACUUUUUCGACUUUUAUGUUCAUCGAGCAGCUUUUGACAGCCUCUGAACUCCAGAUACUGCUCUCAUGUAAUAGACCUAGAUUAUUGGUGAUAACUGUAUUUUUCAAGGAAUGGGAUUUUACAGUUCAAGCCAUGUUAGUUUCUUCAGAAUCUUUUAUUAGACUCUGGAUGUAUUUUUGCCCCAAAAUGGAUUGAAUUUCUGUAAGGAUGAAUUUAAGUCUCUGAGUAAUUUGCUGAAAAUGAUAGGUGGCGCGGUG